AUGUUCAGAGGAAUCGACGGACUCCCACCAAGACCUGGUGAAACAACGUUCGUCGGAGAGGACGCAAACUCAAAUGUAUGGUCUGCAAUUCUAAAGAAUGUGAAAUCUCAGGAUUCGGCUGCGCUACCGUCGGAUCGAAAUGUAGUAGUCCUCGGAGACAACGAGAGUGGUAAAACUACUCUAAUCGCUAAACUGCAAGGCAACGAAGACCCGCGGAAAGGCUCUGGACUGGAGUACGCGUUCAUUGAUGUACGAGACGAGUACCGUGAUGAUCAAACUCGAUUGAACGUUUGGAUAUUGGAUGGGGAAGCCCAUUACGAACACCUUCUCGAAUUUGCCCUCACGGAAAAGAGCGUUGAGAAUACCAUGAAUAUGGGUUCAUCCAUGAACGCCUCAAUGAUGAACAAGUCAACAAUUUUGGAAGAAGUUGCUGUCACGAUCGAUGGCGACGGAUCCAAGGAUGAUGAUGGCGACAAUGCAGCAGACGAACCUCUGCCCGAGGGUGUUCUCGCGCGCAACCUAGGGCUGGAUUUGAUUGUGGUUGUUACGAAAACCGAUUACAUGACUCAUCUGGAAAAAGAGGACUACCGAGAAGAGCAUUUCGACUUCAUUCAGCAAGCUGUGCGAAAGUUUUGUCUUCAAUACGGAGCUGCCCUGUUUUACACUUCAGUCAAAGAUGACAAAAACUGUGAUUUGCUGUAUAAAUAUCUUGUACAUCGCAUCUAUGGGUUACAGUUCCGCACACCGGCGUUGGUCGUGGAGAAAGAUGCCAUUUUCAUUCCGUCCGGAUGGGACAACAUGAAGAAGAUCGCGAUUUUGUACGAAAACAUGCAGGCUAUGAAUCCAGAGGAUUACUACACAGAUGUUAUCGCUAAGCCGGCGACCCGAAAAAUCGGUGGAUCCCAAAGAGAUGUUGAAGUCAGUGCCGAAGAUGAUCAAGGUUUCCUGAGCAAGCAUCAGCAGGCCGGCAAUGUUCCCGGAGCUGCCGUAACCUCUUCCACGAAUGGUCCUGGGCCCACAACUAAACCUGCGGACUCAAGGACCCCGAUGGCUAUUCAGAAGACUGGCGGUGAUCGGAGAUCAUCCGGCAGUGUUCAAAGCACGCCGAAGAAGCUGGAAUCGGGCUCCGCCAGCAUGACUUCCGAAGGAGUCCUGGCCAAUUUUUUCAAUUCUUUGCUUAGUAAGAAGCCGCCCACGCCGUCAUCUGCUGGUGGCGCCAGUACUUCCCCAGCCACCUCGUUGAGGCUUCAGGACAAAAUUAGCACUAGGACGGACGCGGCAGCCGAGCUUGAUCGGCUCGCUGCGCAAAAUAAACGAUCCCUGCCAAACAUAGAUUCACCGAGCGGCCCAUCAUCAUCGGAUUGCUGAUAUGUAUUUUUUGAACGCGGAAGUGCUAAUGAUGGAUUUAUGAUUUUUCUGGUCCUGAUUUUGGUUAUCCUAACCUGUUGAGAAGUUCGGUCGAAAGUUGGAUAACCAGUGCGGGCGUUUCGUUCAGCGACGAACCGUUUUGGAGAAUUUAUGAAUUUCGUAUAAAACUUGCCCGGGAAAAUUUCAGCCAUGUUGAACUUGUGGAAGACACCAUGCACUUUUUUUUCAUUUCGAAUAGUACUCCUAACAUUCCGAUCAACCGCGGAAAGACCUGCCUUGAAGAUACUGUAGUCCGUUUCCGUACCGUAAAUUAAAUGUGUCAAAAAUAAUUAUAAAGGCCGCAUUAUUUUAUCUUUGUUGAAGGUUCGCACUGUCUUAGCCGGCCCCAUUUAUGCCCGCAAAAAAAUCUUGUGGAAUUUCGACGUAAAUUCUUAUUCGCAAGUGCCAUUGCUUGGCGGCUGCUUUCCCGAAACUAUUCGAAAACGAUGGUUGGAUAUCGGUGCACAAUCACAGAGACCGAACUUUGCUUAAUUCAUGACCUCUUUAUUCAUCGAAUUGAUGUUUAUAUCAUAUUUAUGAUCAAUCCAAUGUUGAUGCGGAAGUGAUUGAAAGCUAACUUUGAGAAUGUGGUUAUUUUUGGCCAGAAUAGCCCAGUUUCGAUGAAUAUCGUGUCUCGGCGCCUUUGCUCCAAGUUUGAACUGGCAUCGCGUUGGCGUCGAAUUGAAGUUGGCUUUUUUGGUCUUCUGAGGAGUAAUCUGCCUUGUUGCAAAUUAUAAUGAAUGUGUUGGCGUCCUUU